AUGCUUGAAUCAGAGCUGAUCAAGUCGAAACUGAACCUGGUCGACAAAGCCAGAGCCCGCGGGGCUGGAGACCAUAUCUCUCUUCCGCAAUUAGUCGUCUGCGGUGACCAGUCAGCUGGAAAGAGUUCGGUUCUUGAAGGCAUCACUGGCAUCCCAUUCCCUCGAAAGGCUGGCUUGUGUACCAGGUUUGCUACUGAGAUAGUCCUCCGCCAUUCUCCUGGUAAACAAGCCAUUACUGCAACCAUUAUUCCCCACUCUUCGCGAGAUGAGGUGACAGCAACUCGCCUCCGGAACUACCAAAAAAAUCUCCUCGGGUACGAUGAAUUGCCCGAUGUUAUUGAAACCGUAGGAGCUCUCAUGGGGCUGAAGGGCUUUACCGAUCAGAAAGACUCACCUCCAUUCGCUUUGGAUGUGUUGCGAAUCGAAGUUAUUGGUGAAACUGGGCUUCACCUUACCAUCGUUGACUUACCAGGGUUGAUAUCUGGUGCUGAAAGUGAUGAUAGCUCUGUCGUGGAGGGCUUGGUUAACUCCUAUCUUGAAAAUUCGCGUACCAUCAUUCUUGCCGUCAUCCCAGCAAUAAACGAUGUGGAAACUCAGCCAAUUAUUCGAGCAGCACGGCAGUUUGAUACAGAAGGUGUGAGAACCAUAGGUAUCAUCACCAAAACUGACCUUAUUAACGAUGGAACCGAGGGAAGAAUCGCUGCGGUCAUACGGAAUCAGGGACCUAUCAAGCUCAAGUUAGGAUAUUACCUGCUCAAGAAUCCGUCUCAAAAGGAAAUAGAAGCGGGAAUGGCCUCUAUAGAGAGAAAGAGAAAGAGAAAGGAGCUUGAGUGGUUUCAAAAUCCUGGCUGGAAGAAUCAACACCUCAACUCAAAUAGAGUUGGUAUCGAUGCACUCAAAUCUUCGCUCGAAGUCCUUCUUGCACGGCAUAUUGAACGUGAGCUACCCAAAGUUUGUUCGGAAAUAUCAAAACUGCUAGAAGGUGCGCAGAACGAGAUAAAUGAGCUCGGUGAAGAGAGAACCAGUAUCCAAAGCCAAAGGCUCUUCCUAUCAAGGCUAAGCAUGGAAUUCUGCAGCCUUAUACAGGCUGCAACCGGAGGCACUUACCAUGGCAGGUUCUCGGAAUUUUUUAACAGGGAAACUGAAAGUAUCUUUACCAAUCGAAUUCGAGCCAGAGUUCACCAUUUGAACAACGAAUUUGCCGAUUUUAUGUGUUCAAAAGCUCAUAAAUAUGAUUUAGAGCGACAUGGAAAUGACGACGAUGACGAUGAUGACGAUGACGAUGAUGACGAUGACGAUGGUGACGAUGAUGAUGAUGAUGACGACUAUGACGACGAUGAAGACGACUACGACGAUGAAGACGAGAACGACAAUGAAGACGACGACGACAAUGACGAUGAUGUAGCCUUUCCACGGGAAUGGGGACACCCCGAGGCGAACACUCGAGGUUUGGAACUAAAUGGAACAUAUGGAUACAUGCUUCUCAUGGAGCUCUUCCACACUCAAUCAAGCCGCUGGAGUGGCAUAGCCAGUGGACACAUUAACAGAAUCCAUGAUUUGAUAUGCAUCUUCGUCGAACAGUCCCUUGCUUAUACUGUCAAAGAGGAGCAGGUCCGCAAUGAACUAUGGCUUUACAUGAGAGCGUCGCUUCAAAAGAACUUGGCCGCGGCUGUUAAUGAACUUCAAACCAUCUGUGAGGAUGAGAAGAUGCCUCCGAUAACUUACAAUCACUACUACACUGACAACAUUGACAAAGCCUCUCAGGAGGGGAUGAAGGAUGCCUUUCGGAAAGCUAUCGAUGCCGCCAACACGGAUCUGAAUAGCGAAGCUGUCAGCCAAAAGAAACAAAGCAAAGCCUAUCGGCGUCUACUAGAGGAGGCUUUGGAAAAAAAAGUGAUUGUCAACAUGGACCGACGUGCAUGUGAGGAAGCGAAGAUUGCCCUCAAUGCUUACUACAAGGUUAAAUCAAUUCUGAUGGCGGUCAUUGAACGACACCUUAUCUCCAAACUUCCAGCGAUCUUUCCCCCUACAUCUGUCCUGAAGAUGUCUGAUCAAGAUGUCGCGCGUAUUGCAGGCGAACCAGCAGAUCGAGCAGACCGCAGGAAUGAACUGCUAAACAUGAUUCAAAUCCUUACUGAAUCUCUCAAUGACCUUCAAAGUUAG